CAUAACCUCACGCCACUGGUUGACAGUUAACUCUGCGCGAGCCGAGGCAGUGAACGACUUCGCGCUAAUUUAUUCAUUCAUGACCUAAACGAACGAAAUAUUCUUUUACCAGUUGCCCCUCACUAAAACAGACGCUAAAUGAGUGAUAUAAAUUAAAUAAAGCCAACAAUUCAGUUAGAAAAAACAGCAAAUCUGUGAAAAAAUAAAUUCGCAAUACCAAGGUUAAGUGAUGUAAAAACUAUGUAAGAAGAGUUCUUGUUAUACAAUUAAUAAUGCGUUGAAAAGGAAUUUUGUUCCUGAAAAACGUGCAGUUCGAGGAAAAAGUUGCGUUUGCUGCUGAAGCGAGAAAAGAAUUAUAAAAAUGGUUCAAUCGGUGUUCGGAGCAUGGGACUACGCCAUUAUGGCGGCCACGAUGGUGGCUUCAAUAGCUAUCGGUCUAUAUUUCCGAUUCAGUGGUGGAAAACAGGCUACAAAUGAGGAAUACCUCUUAGCCGACCGCAACAUGUCAAUAUUCCCCGUAGCAGUAUCUCUAAUGGCAUCAUUCAUGUCAGCCAUCACGCUGCUGGGAGUAUCAGCAGAGAACUAUUACUACGGCAUGCAAUUCGUCAUCAUCAACAUAUCAUAUGGAAUCGCUACUCCAAUAGCAAGCAAGCUGUACUUACCAGUCUUCUUUGGAUUGCAGAAGACCAGUACUUACGAAUACUUAGAGAUGCGAUUCGGACCUCAUAUUAGAAUGCUCGCUUCUCUAACGUACACUUUACAAAUGGUGCUCUAUAAUGGGAUAGUUUUAUAUGCCCCUGCGAUUGUACUAGAGGCUGUGACAGGGUUGGAUAGACUGAUCUCUAUAUUAGUGGUAGGAUUAGUUUGUACGUUUUAUUCUACUUUGGGAGGCAUGAAGGCUGUGCUGUUUACUGAUCUCUUACAAUCAGCACUGAUGUUUGGAGCAGUGUUCAGUGUUGUGGUAUUUGCGUCACUACAAGUUGGCGGCUUCACUCAAAUCUUCGUGAUUGCAAAGGAAGGCGGACGGCUUGAUUUUUCCAAUUUCAGCGUGGAUCCUACGGAGAGGCACACGUAUUGGUCCCUCAUCAUCGGAGGGCUGGUGACGUACCUGUCUUUGUAUGCUGUCAACCACACACAGGUCCAACGUCUACAAACAGUGAACACAUUAGACCGAUCUCAAUGGUGCCUCUGGUGGAGUUGGCCGGUGCUGUCAGUUCUAAGUGUGGUGACCUGCAUCAGUGGGCUGGGCAUCUAUGCUGUGUAUAAAGACUGUGACCCUUUCAUCAGUAAGAAGAUUUCAGCAAUAGACCAGCUAAUGCCAUACUACGUGGUGGAAGCAAUGGGUAGCGUGCCCGGCCUAGCUGGUCUCUUCGUGGCAGGAAUCUUCAGCGCAUCGCUCUCCACCAUAUCAGCCUCUUGUAAUGCCUUAGCCGCUGUUACCUUACAUGAUUAUGUUGGCAGAGGAAAUCUGGCCCCAAGAUGGUGCAAAGUCCCACCUUCCUACGCGCCAUGGCUGACGAAGCUAGCUGCCUGUGCCUAUGGGCUCGUCUUCCUAGCCCUGGCGUUCAUAGCGGAGUACCUAGGAGGUGUGCUCCAAGCUGCCCUCACGAUUUUCGGGGCCGUCGGAGGUCCUCUACUAGGGGUGUUCACCCUAGGAAUGUUCACGACUUAUGCUAAUGAGAGGGCAGUAUCAAUUUCCUUACUAAGCGGUAUGGCGAUGACCCUUUGGAUAAGUUUCGGAGGGCCCCGACCUCCUGUGACCAAGCUACCUCUGAGUGUGGAGGGUUGUGGCUUCAACGUGACGCAAGCGGCAGUUGCUGCGACCAACCCCAGUGAUUAUUUCUACCUCUACAGAAUAUCUUAUAUGUGGACUAGUCCGAUCGGUUUCAUCUGGGUGAUAGUAGUGGGUACCGCGGUAUCGUUGCUAUGGCGACAGCAGCAGCCGUGGGAGCGACAGGGCCGGUCACACCCAGACCCUGAACUCUUCACCCCUCCUCUUGCAAAUCGGCUAAGAGCAAGGCACGAAGAGAAACCCGCUGUGCAGUGUAAACUCUUGCAAUCGAACGGCGUUCAAGAUUAAUUUACUGUACUUAUUUAUUUAAGUAGACAAAUUAUUAUAAUUUCAAGUUAUUUUUUAUAAGGAUAGGUUUAAAAAAACAUUGAAAUGUUUGUUUAUUGUGAAUUUAGUGCUGUUGUUUGUUACAUUCCUAGUUUAUGUAUAUUAUAUAGUUAAGUCAUGACUUUGAGAUCCAUACUUUUUGGAAAACAGUCGCUAUUAGAAAAUAUUCUUCGUUUUCUAAAUAACUGGGUUACGUACUUACCAAGGAUUAAAAGAGGAACAUGGAAUUAUAGGAAUAUUAGAAAUAACGAUUUGGAGCAUCAAAAUUAGUAUUAAAAAAGAAAACAAUAAUUUAUUAUAAUAUUACAAUAUUUAAUUAAUUUAUUAAACUUGUAUCUAGUUCGUUGUUGAUUAAAAUUGAAGGAAGAUUGUGGAUGAUAGUAAAAAGUGUGGUAAAACAAUAAUAAUGUCAUUAUAUGGGUUCAUUAUACCUUUUUAAAACCUAAAACAAUUCGUUUAUUUAAGGUUAACCGAAUAUUAACCAAUCAAACAUAUUGCCUAGUGGUAAUUUUUAAAAUGGGUUAAGCUUUCUUAAUAAUGACGAUAUUUCACAAAAUUAGACAUUUUUAUGACCACUAAUGACACAGUUUUGUAGAGGGUCAUUUUAUAAUUAGCUCAACGAAGAGGUCAUCUAAAAUAGAAUUUGAUUGAGCAAUAAGCUCGUGUUACAAUGAGUUUCAGGACCUUGAGCAUUAUAGGGCACAAUCGUGAAGAACUGAAAUAAAUAGACGCCUAUAUUACUGGCCUUAAAUGUUGUUUCAUACUGUAGCCUUUGUAUAAUCAAAAUUAUUUAUUGUAGAUUUUUAAAUGUGGGUAUUGAAUGUGGAAUUUUAAAAUUGUAUAGUUCAAAAUAGAUGAAAAAAAUAAAAUGGGAAAAAUGCACACCUGAUUACUUUGAUAUUGUUUUUAAUAGCUGUUUUUGUAAUAUUUUUUUAAUCUGUCUGACCACGAAAAUACUAUAUUUUUAUGACAUUUUUCUAUGGUUUUUAAUAUUUUUAUAGAGUUAAGAGAACAUUUCCUAUUUUUUUUUAAA